GACGGUUCCGCCCCUUUCAAGAUGGCGCUGCACUCAGCGCGGAAAGCGCGUGGGUGCUGGAGCUUCAUCCGGGCACUUCAUAAAGGAUCCGCAGCUUCUCCCACUCCCCAGGAAGACAGCAAGAAGCGAGUAUUUUCUGGCAUUCAGCCUACAGGAAUCCCCCACCUGGGCAAUUACCUGGGAGCCAUUGAGAGCUGGGUGAGGCUGCAGGAUGAAUAUGACUCUGUGUUGUACAGCAUUGUUGACCUUCACUCCAUCACUGUCCCCCAAGACCCCGCUGUCCUUCGGCAGAGCAUCCUGGACAUGACUGCUACUCUUCUUGCCUGCGGCAUAAACCCAGAAAAAAGCAUCCUUUUUCAACAAUCUCAGGUGCCUGAACACACACAAUUAAGUUGGAUCCUUUCCUGCAUGGUCAGACUACCUCGAUUACAACAUUUACACCAGUGGAAGGCCAAGACUGCCAAGCAGAAGCACGACGGCACGGCAGGCCUGCUCACGUACCCAGUGCUCCAGGCGGCCGACAUUCUGUUGUACAAGUCCACACACGUUCCUGUUGGGGAGGAUCAAGUCCAGCACAUGGAACUAGUUCAGGAUCUAGCACAAAGUUUCAACAAGAAGUAUGGGGAGUUCUUUCCAGUGCCCAAGUCCAUUCUAACAUCCAUGAAGAAGGUAAAAUCCCUCCGUGAUCCUUCUGCCAAAAUGUCGAAAUCAGACCCUGACAAAUUGGCCACCGUGGGAAUAACAGACAGCCCGGAGGAGAUCGUGCGGAAGUUCCGCAAGGCAGUGACGGACUUCACCUCGGAGGUCACCUACGAGCCGGCCGGCCGCCCGGGCGUGUCCAACCUGGUGGCGCUGCACGCCGCGGUGGCCGGGCUCCCGGUGCAGGAGGUGGUGCGCCGCAGCGCGGGCCUGGACACCGCGCGCUACAAGCUGGCCGUGGCGGACGCCGUCAUCGAGAAGUUCGCCCCGAUUAAGCGUGAAAUUGAGAAACUGAAGCUGGACAAGGACCAUUUAGAGAAGGUUUUACAAGCUGGAUCUGCAAAAGCCAAAGAAUUAGCACACCCUGUGUGCCAGGAGGUGAAGAAAUUGGUGGGUUUUCUAUAGGAGGUUUCAACAAAAUCACAGAAAGGCUUUUGCGCCUUGCAUUCCAUGCAUUCUGAAAACGGCAGCUUUCCCCACAAGCAAAAAGUUAUAGUUUUGGGACAUUUAAUUUGGCAUAGCUGAUUAUUGGCUUCAUUUGACGAAUGUUACUUUGUAGCUUUGAAAUACGACAGAGUUCCAAAUCCCAUCAACAAAAUGCUGUGAACAGCAGCAACAAAAAUUAAAGCAGCCAUAGCUGUCUGAAUCCCUAAUUAUUGAGGCACACUCCUUGGCCUACACAAAUGUGAUUGAGGUAAGGAGUGAUUUGGGAAAUGGAGUACAUUUGUGCCUCUCUCUGGAGUACUUACUGUAACAGAUGCACACUUUAUCUACUUCAUCCCUUUUAUAAAGCAAUAUUUAGAGGUCUUAGAAGAAUUCUUGAGAUGCCAUUUGAUGAGAUGCCAAUUUGUAUUCAGAUCUCAUAAAAACAAGUCCCUUCUUAUAAUUUGUUUGUCACUGAGACGGUGCCUGAUUUAAUGUGUUUAAGCUGCUUAACUUGCUUUCCAAGAGAUGACACCAACUGUCCUAGCAAUAAUUUGUUUUUUUAUUUUAGAGAUACGGGGUAUAAUCUUAUAAGGAGGUUGCAUUAUUUCAACUUGAUUUAUUUAUUGUACAACAGCCCAAGUCUCUGAAUUAUAUUCUUAAUAAGUAUUUUCUUGCCUUCAUUUCACUUUAGUCUCACUCAUCCCCUGUGAAUUAGAAGACUUAUUGCCAUUUUAUACAUGAGGAAAGUGAGACUCAGAGAAUCCAAUUAGGUUGUACAAUAUCACUCCAUAAGAGAAGCAAAUGUGAGAGCAAAAUCCUUACACC